AUGCAUUUUGCUUCGUCGUUGCUCAUCGCCGCCCUGGCAGGUCUGGUGCAGGCGCAAAGUGUCACACCCUCAGGCUUCACACCAAUAGCAAGUAGCAAGCUGGAUGUUUUCUUCAACACAACCAUGGUCAUGACGCCAGGUCAGGUUCUUUCAAAAGCUGAAACAGCAACCCAGCCGAAGAUUGCGGUAGCGAACACAAUAUCGAACAUGAGCGCGACCUACAUGUUCGUUAUGCUCGACCUUGACGUCCCGCCGGAGGGAGGCAGCGCAAAGCGCCGCGUUCUGCUUCACGCCAUGAACACAGGGUUCAAAGCCACACAGCAGAAGGUUGGCGGGUCCGCUACCUUGCUUGCGUCAACCGAGCAAGGGCCAGCAGCGUACAUACCGCCAGGCCCGCCUCCAACGGACACCAUUCCGCAUCGCUACGUUGAGCUUUUGUUCCAACAGCCCGCAGACUUGAAAGUGCAGGCGUCAGACUUCACCAGUGUUUCAGAUCGGAUCAACUUUGAUAUUAAUGCUUUCAUGGUCAAGAACAAAGUCAGUCCGCCUAUCGCGGGCAACUUCUUCAUGGUCGAUGGCAGAGCGAGCGGGACUGCUCAAGGCACCGCGUCAGCCAGUGGAAGUGGCGGCUUGCCGAGAAGCAGUGUUCAACCGUUUACGGGCGCUGCAGAGAAGUUUAGGCUCUCGCCUGCUAUGGCUGGUCUGCUCGGUGGACUCGCUCUGUUCGCUGUGUAA